CGAAAAGUUGUGUCAUCUCUCAGCAAAUUUUGCUUUAAUAACAUCUUCAAGUAAGCCAAAGACUGGAUAUUUUGCCAUUUCGUCAUGAGUUUUAGUGUCUCUGAGCCUUUCAAAGCCACAAAGAUCUGGAAUGAGCUUGUGGACCAUUUGAAAACGAACCUUGAGCCGCGGAAGAGAAGAUGGAAGCUGCAAACUUUUGAGAACUGUUUUCGUGGAAGUGACAUUGUGGGACAUCUUCAAAACUAUGUCUUUAAUCACCCCGAGCUAGCAAGUGACCCAUCAAAAGUACAAGUGAAGUCUUUGGCGCAAAAACUUUUGGAAUCGCAAGUCAUUGAGAGCGCAUCUGCAGAAGGCAAGAAGUCGUCYCACAAGGAGAUAUUCGAACAGACUAGUCGAUUGUAUCGCUUCUGUGAUGGUUCAAGUACGGAGGAUUUAUCAAAAACACCUACUAAAACAGACAGAAAGAAGAAACGACUCAGUUUUGACCGUUUGAAUAUCCACAGACGUUCAAUGAAAAGAAGAUCUUGUGGAAUUCCACCAGCAGAAAAACUUAACCAAAAUGAAUCAGAUCCGAUGAGAGAAAAGGAAAACGAAUCAGAUAACAACAACAAUGAAUGCAGUAGGAAAAGACGAGCUAGUUUCAGUGGUCCAUCUACCUCACAGGGAUUAGAGUGUUAUUCCGAAACACCUAGAAAGUACAAAAGAAGAAGUUUUAUGCUUGUUAGGGGUGCUCAUCGGUCAAAGCUUGUGUCCAAGAUUGAUGAUGAUAUUUCACCCAGCUUCUGCAAAGAGAUUGUGUUUGAGCUUGCCCUAUCAAGUUUACUAAAAUUGCUUGAUGUUCCUUUUAUUGAGGAUGUCUUAGACUGGACAGAGUCAACAGAAGAUAGAGUAGAGUUCACAGAAAUCACCAACAGUCCUUAUGGUCGUUUAGUGGAGUCUUAUAGUCAAGUCCAUGCUUCAAGUGAGCAGGAACAUGGAAGAAGAGGAAGAGACUCCRUGUGGAAAAAAGCUGCUGUUGCAUGCUUUGAUGCUUUGAGAGAGUACCCUUUGUCUCACAACAAAGAAUUUGAAUUYCACAAUAAGAUUGCUAUAACUGAAGCAGGCAUUUCCAACUCAUUAGCAAAGUUUUAUUCUUCACUCAUGGAAACCUUGAUACCUGAAAAGUUURCUGUCCUUGUCCAGGACAUACUCCAGUUAUUAUCUACAAGGAAGAGAAAUGUUGCCCAUGCCUUACAACUACUAUUCUUACUGCUAUCACAGGACAGGCAAGAGCAUUUGAAACGACUGUUGAACUUCUUUGACAAGAGUUUGAUGUCUCAGGCCAGAAUUUCAAAGGAGCAAAGGAGAAAGUACUUAUGUAGAGUAUUYGCUGAAGGAAUUUUACCACAUACUGUCCAUCAGGAUGACAAAGAAAGGGCUGAGAAUCURUUGAGUGUUAUGAUGGACAAGCAUGAGAAACUCUUUCAAACACCAUCAAAGAUCAAGUCUGAAGUGAAAAGACAUCUCUUAUGUUUCCAAAGUGGCUACAAWCUGCCAGUUUUGGCUGUUUCAAGCUGCAAGAGGAUUAAUGUUGCACAAUACCAAAACCAGAAGGAGAAUACCACAAAACAAAGCCUGCUUGACUUGAUGAACUGCAUCAUUGAUGAUUUGAACCUGUCAAUCAAGAUGAAAGAAUGCCGACURAAGGAUUUUCAGAGACAUCACCUUGAUGUUUUUUGUUUACAGUUUCCUAAUGGGGAAUUUUAGCUUUUUUUCUACUUUUUUCCAUCCCUUUUUGUAGCAUUGAUUUCUUUACCAUUUUCUGUUACUCAUAAAUCUGUCCACAUCAGCCUGUUCAACACGACUACGAAUGAUUUACAAUUCACUUAUUAAUUAUUU